UACGCGGAAGAGGAAUACUUUAAGCAGUGAUGAAAGGAUAAAAUCAAAAAAAAAUAGGUUAAAAAGAAUUAGAAAAUUAUUUGUCUCCUUAGACCCGAUCCUAUUUAAAGAGCUUAUGGCAAACAUUGAAAUGGACGAUCUUUUUGCGUCGAAGGAUGAAUCUUGUGGUUCGGAUAGCAAGUUAUUUACUACAUGUCAUCCAGGUUACAUGUAUUUUUUUAUGCUCACAUAUCUGCACUGUCUCAACAAGCAAAUAGAGGAAAAAUUGGAAAGUAAUUUCGGAAAGAACUGGCAAGCCAACAAAAUUUGGUAUGGUGUCUCUAUUGAUAAAAAUCUAUCGGACAAUGUAUUCGGUACAAUGAAGAAAUUGGAAAAAUCAUUCUUUGCAAGUGGAAUACUUGGGAAGGACGACGAACUUCGAAAAGCAAAAUUCUGUACCCGUGGUGAAGAAAUUCUACCAGCUCUCCAAAACAAGUAUCAACAUUUGGACUUUAGGUUGAAAUCAUACUUUGUUGUUGCACAGAUAUCUUCAAAGCAUAUUCAACUCAGUUUGCAUCAAGUGGUCAAACUGGCAUUACCCGGAGAAGAUCCAGUGUCCAUCAUUAUUCAGGAUGAAAUGAUACAUAUCGAUGAUGUAUAUGAUACACUUUGUAAAAGUACAAUGAAGAGCCUACAAGUCAAUUGUCAAGUUGACUAUUGUACCACCCACAAGAGUCAGAAAGAUACACAAUAUGAUUUCCAGUCAUUAGAGAUAUAUAACAAUAUUUAUCGAAAUUUAAAACCAUGCGUUGUUGAACUUUUCGAAAAAAACAAGUCAAAUUUGAACAUGGAUUCCAAAAUUCAGCUGGAUAUCAACACGAAAUGUGGUUGCAGUAUUAGCAUAUUUCUUCGUGACAUUAUUGAAGUAGGCCUUAUGUCAGUAAUAGAAGGUAUAACAACAGAUAUAUUGGCUUCUUUGGACAACACAGAAUUAUUUGGAAACUAUGUACCGAAUUAUAUUUUUGUGUUUGGAAAUCCGUUCAAUCUGGCGCAGGGUUCAAAGAUCCACAUAGCAUAUACCAUGCUUAUGCAAAAAGCGAUUGAUGACGGCACUUUUUUAUCUGGAAAAAAGCCUUACAUAUUUGAUAGGUUUGUCACUGGAACUUUGUGCCAAGUGUCAAGCAAUACAUACGGGAUGAGAAUUUCAUCAUUUAAUACACACGAUUUGUGGCCUUUCACCCGAAUAAACAGUGAUGGUGAUAUCAAAAAUACUAUUGCAGAUGAUGGUAGUUAUUUGGUACUUAUUCAGAAAGGGAAGCCAGUUCCAACUAAAGGGUUUAUAAUUCAAAUCAAUGAACCUGAAGAUAUCAAUUUAAACAUUCUUCAAUUGGAAAGUUCAACCAGUACUGUUCCGGACAAGUAUACUCUAUUGCACGGCGACACUCCUGGUUUUACUUUUAAAAUAUACUCCACUCUUUUGACGAUUCGUUCUCUGAGUACAUUUGUGGUAGAAUAUGAACAGAUUAGAAAUAAUUUAUCUAUCAAAUUAUCAAGAGGAUGUAUGCGUAAUAUUGAUGACUAUAUUGAUAACCCUUAUUACGAAACCGAAAAUAUCCUGGAGCCAUUGACACUCGCUUAUAUUUAACAUAUCACUGCCUUCAAUAAAAUCAACCUAUUUUUAAACCACCGUUUUACA